AUGGCGCAUGAGAAAUUUGUCCUCAUCUCCCGACGAUCAUCGAGCCGAGACAUAUCAAAAAACCUUUACGAGCUCUGGGAAAUCGAUUAUACCGUUGAGAUCGAAGCACCCGAAGAUGGCGAAACUCCGGAGACUGUGAGGCCGGGGUAUUGUGGGGCCUAUACGUCGCAUUUCCAGGACGGAGGUUUGUCAUUUCCUCUUCCUCGCUUCCUUCUCGAAGCGCUCGCGGAGCUUGGGAUGGCUUUUGCCCAAAUGGCGCCUAAUUUCUGGCGCUAUUUCUUGACUUCGUGGAUCCGAGCCAGGGAGGAGGGUCUCAGUGGCUUUCCAGGAACGAUGAUUCUUGCUCCUCGGCCUGGCCGUUCUGUUAUAGACGGCAUUCCUAACAGGGAUGACCAGUGGAGGGAGAAAUUUUUCGUUUUUAAGAUUAAUCCGGUGUCGGUCGGCGACUUUGAUUUUGAGAAGAUCCCUAGGGGGCGAGGGAGAAGGAGGCGCUACCCGACUGUCCUGACGAGUCUUCCGAAGUCGGGUCGUGGGAGCGAGCUCAGAAAACAGCGUGGACCGACCCUUAGGUCGAGGUCACAGACUCAAUCUCCCGGUCUUUUGGCUAGGCCGGUGUUGAUCGUCAUUCCCGUAGGUGGGCCUCGAAGGGCGCCAAAUGCUUCAACUGGUUCUGUCGGUGAUCGAGCUCUCGACGACGAUAUCGAUUCGUCGACUCACCGGCGCCGACGUCGAGCUCUCGAAGAGAUUAACUCUGUGAAUUCGAAUUCCCGAGCUCAGAGCUUCCUCCCCCGUUACAAGCUUCUGGCGAAGGACACCUCUUCGUGGAGAUUUUCGUAUGACGACGAGGUACCAAUCCUUGAGAACCCCAAAGGUCUUGCUCUGAUUUGGCGCAAGAUCAGAGAGAAGGGAUACGAGCUUCCUCCUCUGGAUGAUAUGCAUGAGAGUGAUGCUUACGUGCGGAUGGCGGUAGCGACUGCUAAGGUAAUCUGUCUCGCGAUUGCUUCUGAUGUUCUGUCGGGUUAA